AUGCAGAUCUUUGUGAAGACCUGUACGGGCAAGCGCCCGCCGCUCGAAGUGGAGGCAACUGAUACAGUGGGCACUGUGAAGGAACAAAUCUGCGGCAAGGAGGGAAUCCCUCCGGAGCAGCACAUCCUGUCCUUCGCUGGAACAGUGCUCUCCGACGGCCACGCCUUGACCGCGUACCACAUCAAAGCGCAGGACACCCUGGAGCUAGAGAGGAUGGUGUCGGGGCCGAAACCUGUGUCUGUGAUCUUGCAGCGGAUCAAUGGCGAGACCUCAAAGCUGGAGGCGACGUCUGCAGACACGACGGAGCAGCUGAAGAGGCGCAUCUUCGAGUCCUGCGAUAUCCCAGAGGCCGAACAGCAGCUAUGCUUUCAAAGCCAGCGCCUGGAAGACGGCCAGAAACCUUUUGAGUUUCUGUCUGAGUCUGAACACAUGAUCACCCUGGUGAAGGUUGUGCCUCAGAUGACUCUGUGCAUCCAGUUCCUGAAUGGGGGGCGGCACGAUAUGUGCGUGAACUGCAGCGACACCGUUGGUCAGCUGAAGGAGAAGAUCCAGGACGCUCACGGUGUGCCUCUAGACCAGCAGGUCCUCGUGUAUGCGGGACAGCAGCUGCAGGACGUGAACAAAGUCUUAGGCGACUGCAACAUUCAGGGCAACAUCUUCUGCGUCGUUCGGACAAAGAAGCCGGGCCCCACCUACGGCGUCACAGUGAAGGUUCUCAGUGGGCAGAGUUUCGAGAUCGACGUGAAUCCUGCAGAUACCAUACAAGAAGUGAAGGCGCAGAUCGCGAAGCGCGCCAGCGUCCCUGCAGAGAAGCAGCGAUUGGUCUUUGCAGGGAAGCAGCUUUCGGACUCCGCAACUGUCUCUGAGUGCCGCAUCGAAGAUGGGAACACCCUCCACCUCGUGGUGCGCCUCACCGUGCCGGGCGAGGGCUCCUCGGACUCGCAGGCGGUCUGCGCCCUUCGUGGUACCUGCGAGAGCCCGGGCGCCUGCGGGCUGCUCAACCUGGGGAACACGUGCUACUUGAACUCCACGCUGCAGGCUCUGUCUAACACUGUGGCCCUGCGGCGGUAUUACGAGGACGGCCACUACAAGGCGGACAUCAGCAGCACACCCGACAGCAUGGGAGGGCGCCUGGCGGACGGCUUCGCCAACUUGCUUCGCUCGAUUUGGGGCAACGAGUUCCGGAUAGUGAAGCCACACGAGGUUCGCAACUUGAUCUCGGAGAAGUGGAGCCAGUUUGCGGGCUACAGGCAGCACGACGCUCAGGAACUCCUGAUGUUCCUGCUCGAUGGCCUGCACGAAGACGUGAAACGCACGCCCUCGUCCUCGUCGAGUGAGGCGGCCGAGUCGGCCGAGUCUCACGCCGGCUUUUCGCAGGAGGUGAUUGCCCGACAGCCGACCGACUCGAAGAUCAUGGACAUCUUUCACUUCCAGGUGCGCUCCACCACGACCUUUUGCGACGUGGGCGCACGAUCUGAGAAGUUCGAGCCCAUGGUGUACCUCACUUUACCCAUCCCGGGGCAGGAAGACGACGCCCCCACAGAGCGAUCGUUGGAGGACUGCAUGAACGCUUUUUCGAAACAGGAGGAGCUUUGCCAAGACGAUUGGGUCUGGUGUGAUCAGACCCAGCAGCGCGAGCGCUCCCUGAAGAAGAUUGAGCUCUGGACCGCGCCAGAGUGUCUGAUCAUCCACUUGAAGCGUUUUGUGGCAGACUCCUCCAGCAUUGAAAAGGAUAAUACCUUUGUCCAUUUCCCCUUCGAGCUGGACCUGUCCCAGUGGUUGUCGGGCGGCCCGCAAAUGGAAGGAGAACAAUACCGCCUCUACGCCGUCGUGAACCACACCGGAAGCCUGUCCUUCGGACAUUACACUGCCUACUGCAAAGUUGGCGAGGGCUCCGACAAGAAGUGGUACUUGUUCAACGACGCUCGGGUCACUCCCGCCAGCGAGUCCGACGUAGUGUCACAGGAGGCGUAUCUCCUUUUUUAUGAACGCUUCUAA